UUUUUCUUUUUGUCUUAAUCAAUCGCGUUAAACUUCAUGUACUCUACCGAAUAUCAGGUUUUUGCUAUUUUAUGCCAGUUAAGGGGAUAAGACCAAUAAAAAAAAGUAUGGAGCAAUAUAGGUGAUAAUGUGUAAACACUUAAUAUUCGAUCCGCAUAGUGUAAAGUGACAAGCCCACCGCUUAAUGGAGGCAGAGAGAAGCUUUAGUUUUCAUUGGCCAGCAUUUCUAAACAUACCUGGUAGUGUGCACUAAUGCAGGACCGGACAGACAAAGCAGUCCGUCAAGAACCAGGAACAAAAGACGGCUUGAACGGGAAGACAGCAUAUGUGGGCAAACGGGCAAAUAAGCUUCUUCGUCCUUUGAAUUUGUUCCCUAGUGGCCGCUAAACCCCUGUCUAAUCCUUGUCCAAUGACGCCAACACGGUAAUGUUCGCUGGUCCUGGAUCCUCACCGUCAUCAUUCAUCGUCAUUUCGCAUUAUGUAAAUAAGACAUGCAGUCGUCCAAGUAGAUCAGUCAUGCCGGGGUGGUUUGGGGAGGGAUAAAAACGAAGGGUCUGCCUCUCUUCCAUGGCCUUAGCCUUUCUAUCUGAUACCGCGCAUUCUACGACGAGCACAAUGGCAUCGUCAUUCGUUAGAGAGCUGCUCCAGCUCAGUGCGCUCGUUCUUCCAAUACUUCAACCGUGUUCUGCCGCGUCUCUUUAUUCCACAUAUAAAUUCAACCCUCUAGAACAUCUUGGCGGCGUAGCCCCGUACUUCGAGCCCCAAGACCCACCGGCGUCGCCGUCACCUCCACAGGGUUGCUCGGUGUCCCGUGCAGUCUAUCUCUCUCGCCAUGCUGCAAUAUACGCCAACGACUACGACUAUGAAGCGUACAUUGACCCGUUCGUAUCCAAGUUAGAAAACAACACCGCGGUCGACUGGAGCAAAAUUCCAGCGCUCAGCUUUCUCGCCGGUUGGACAGCCCCGCUGACGGACGCGGAACAAGAGCUGUUGACUCGCGUGGGUAGACUAGAAGCGGCGCAACUUGGUGUAACGCUAUCUUUCCGGUACCCUAACCUCAGGCUGCCAUCUCGUAUAUGGACGUCGUCCGCCGAGCGCACAGAAAAAUCAGCCGAGUCGUUCGCGAGGAGUCUCGAGCUAAAUGAAGAUGGAAUCAACGUCGUGAGCAUUUACGAAUCGGAGGAAGCUGGCGCGAACAGCCUCACGCCGUACAAAAGCUGCCCGGCCUACUCAUCGUCGUUUGGCAGUGAUCAAUCAGGAGUCUAUCUCAAAAAGUUCACCCAGCCUAUAAUAGCAAGACUGAAUGCGAUAGCCCCCGGGUUUAAUUUUACAGCCAACGACGUGUAUGGCAUGAUGGAACUGUGCGGGUACGAAUCUGUUAUUCGUGGCAGCUCCCCAUUCUGCGACCUGGACCUCUUCACGCCAGACGACUGGCUUGGCUGGGAAUAUACGGCGGAUAUCAUGUACCACUACAACGUGGGAUACGGUAAUCAGAUUUCUGGCGUUGUGGGAUUACCUUGGCUUAAUGCAUCGGCAAGCCUACUUUUAGAAGAAUCGUCUGGAAAGCAAGACAUCUUUGUUAGCUUUACUCAUCGAGAGCUACCUCCUAUGGUCUUUGUUGCCAUGGGUUUGUUUAACAACUCCGAGUUCAGCGGAGGCGAGGCUAUUAAUGAUACGAUGCCGCUGGACCGUAUCAACCACCGGCGCGCGUGGAAAAGUUCGCACGUGUUACCUUUUCUGAGCAACGCGGCUAUCGAAAGGCUGAAUUGUUCAGGUAGUUAUGGUUACGAAGAUGGUGACUAUUAUCGGAUACUAGUGAAUAGUGCGCCUCAACCAUUACCUAACUGUGCCGAUGGGCCGGGUACAACUUGCUCGAGGGCAGGGUUUGGACAGUACCUUGAAGAACGAGUCGACAUGUUCCAAGGGUUUUCUGAGAGGUGCGGGGUGGACUACGAUAAUUCGACCGAUAUCUUGUCCAUUUAUACGGAUGCAGGAGUAGGUAACGGGACUGCUGUUGGAAAGAGGUACGAAGCGUUCGCAUGAGAGAUAUUUUGAUUACCUGCUACCUUAGGUAGUUUAAUGUGUAUUGUAAUGGAGCUAUACGUCGAUAUGAGAUUAUUGUAAGAUUAUUGUGAGAUUAUUUGUUGUUGGAUGUUAGGUACUUUUCAAGGUUCACCACCAGCUUAAUCCUAGUGGAUACCUAGGUACAUAGGUAGACCCCGCAAUCCGGGUACAUAAGGUAUAAUUACGUAAGUACUUCCUUCUAACGGUAGGAUGUACCUAGGUAGUUACCUCCC